GCGGCAAGUUCCAUGGCGAGUGCGGAAGGACCUUCAUUGUGCAGCGAUGAGUUGCUCGUCGAUGAAGUGCGUCAAAGACCCAUUCUCUACGACCAACGGCUAAAAACAUACCGGGAUAAGCAGCUGCAAUACGACGCCUGGCUGGAAGUGGCGGGCGCCAUGAAACAAAGCGUGGCAGAGGUGCAGCAUCGUUGGAGUUGCCUUAGGCAGAAAUUCCUGCGCCUGCGAAAGAUCUACGUCAAGUCUGGCAGCGGCGCAGCGGACGUGGAAAAAACGUGGGAGCUGAUGCCACACCUGAUGUUCCUUGCAGAUGCCAUACAACGUCGGAGAUAA